GGAGCGAGGUCAUUAGCAUGCUAAUGAGCGCUGAUGAGAGCCUCUGCGCUGGGAGCCUGCGAGCUGGAGGAGGUGACAGUGGAGCACAGGUGACUUGGUGCUGCCUCAGCAGAUGUUGCCCCUCCUGACGUAGGUCCCCAAGUCCCUCGGGCUGAGGAUGAGCAAACCCACGGAGCUGGAACGAAGCCUCCCAGCCAUAGCCUCCAUCAGCACCUCCCUCUCCCAGAGCCAGGCCUUCUCCCCUUACUUCCUCUCCCCAGAGAAGAGGAAGGCCAUCUCAGAUGUGAGGAGGACCUUCUGCCUCUUUGUCACCUUCGACCUGCUCUUCAUCUCCCUGCUGUGGAUCAUCGAACUGAACACCAAGGAUGGCAUCCAGAAGAACCUGGAGAAGGAGAUCAUCAACUACCACUUUGGGACCUCUUUCUUUGAUAUCUUUCUCUUGGCUUUCUUCCGCUUCUCCGUCCUGCUGCUGGCCUACGCCGCGCUCAGGCUGCGCCACUGGUGGGUCAUAGCGGUGACAACACUGGUAUCCAGUGCCUUCCUCAUUGUCAAGGUCAUCCUGUCCGAGCUUCUGACCAAAGGAGCCUUUGGUUAUUUACUUCCCAUCGUCUCCUUUGUCAUUGCUUGGCUGGAGACUUGGUUCCUGGAUUUUAAGGUGCUGACUCAGGAAGCAGAGGAGGAACGCUGGUACCAGGCAGCAGAGGCUGCAGCCUCUCGUGGUCCCCUGCUCUACCCCAGAGCCCUUUCUGAGGGACAGUUCUACUCCCCACCAGAGUCCUUUGCAGGGUCAGACAACGACUCUGAUGAGGAAGGUGCAGGGAGGAAGGCACUGACAGCUCAGGAGAAGGAGUAUGUCCGGCAGGGCAAGGAAGCCAUGGAGGUCGUGGACCAAAUCCUGGCCCAGGAGGAGAAUUGGAAGUUCGAGAAGAACAAUGACUUUGGUGAUGUUGUUUACACUUUCGAGAUCCCUUUCCACGGCAAAGCCUUUAUUUUAAAGGCUUUCCUGCAGUGCUCUGCUGAAACAGUUUACCAGGAGGUGAUUCUGCAGCCCGAGAAGAUGAUCCUGUGGAACAGAACAGUGGCAGCCUGCCAGAUCCUGCAGAGGGUUGAGGACAACACCAUCGUCUCCUACGACGUGGCCGCCGGCGCCGCGGGCGGUGUCGUGUCCCCAAGGGACUUCGUCAACGUGCGGCGGAUCGAGCGGCGGAGGGACAGGUACAUCUCCUCUGGGACCUCCACCACCCACAGCCUCAAGCCUCCACUCUCCAAAUAUGUCAGAGGGGAGAAUGGACCUGGAGGCUUCAUCGUGCUGAAGUGUCCCAGCAACCCCAGGCUCUGCACCUUCAUCUGGAUCCUCAACACUGACCUGAAGGGUCGCCUGCCUCGGUACCUGAUCCACCAGAGCCUGGCAGCUACCAUGUUCGAGUUUGCCUUCCACCUGCGCCAGCGAAUCGCUGAGCUCUGCGGCAAGCCCUGAGCCUGGGCCCUGCCCCCUCUGGACUUUUCAUUCCUCUGCCCUCUCCCUCCUUGGGGGGGGGACAGGACACAACCCUGUGCUCCUCUCCCCCCUCCCCAGAACCAAGGGGGAGACUCCAUACUAACAGCACUGGGCUGAGCCCCCUGCAGGUGGGGGGUGCUGGGGGGGGGGUGGCUCAGCUCCCACUCCCCCAAACAGUUCCUCCUUACCCAGGACCUUGCAGCCACUGGCAGUUGUGUGCCAAACCCCUGCCCUGCCCUGCCCUCCUCUGGGGCUGACCCCCCCCACCCCACACACACACCUCCCUCACCCAGAGGUCGAGGAUUCAUCUGUGCCCCCCCUCCCUGCCUCCCCCCCCACUCCUCCUGGGCUUCCAGUUCGAUGAGAAAGAGGAGCCAAAGGAGGAGGCUGAGGCUGUGGGGGCUGUGCCCUCACUGCUGCCCAGCAGAAGCCCUGUGCCAGGCUGUGCCCUCCUAUGUGUGAGGGCAGGGGGCAAAGGCCUAACUUGGCCUCUUCUCACAGCCCCACUUAGGAAAGGACAGAGUGUGGGGGGGGGGGGGAUGGGGCACGACCCCCACCCAGGGCUGUUCCCUCUCCUCCUGUGCUGCCCAAACCUCCCUGGGUUGUCCCUUGGGGUUUGGCUGAUUUCCAACCCCCCCCAAACUCAUCUCCCACAGCUCUGGGUGGAGGCAGAGGAGGAUUUGCCUUAAAGCAGCGAUUCUGCUGCUGGCUCUGGGUGGGGGGGGGGGGGACAUGUGGGGGGUGGGGGGUGGGGGAAGGGAGGGUGUGGGGGAGGCUUUGUUCUACCUGCAGCGCCGGUGCCGUGUUCUGCCUCUAUAAAUGGAAGCAGAAACGAAGCUGCCCCCCACGCAGGGGCCCACGUGGGGAGUACCCACACCAGCCCCACCCCCCCCACCCCCCCGGCCCCUCUCCCCUUGUGCUGGGGGUCUGAGCCCCCCCAGUGCCUGCCAGGGGUGGUGGCAGCUGUCCCACGAGUAAAAGCCUUGCACUGUUUGCA